GGGGUUUAUAUGUAUCUUCACUUGUUUUGGAAGCGAUGAUUUCACUUUCAUCUUUUAACCUUUCCUUUUCCUCUUCCCUUCUAUAUCAUGGUUAUCUCCAGCUUCCUUCCCACCUUCAUGCAUGAACUAAUUCCUUAUCUUCCUUCUGCUAACGCUACAACAUAAAAUCUCCAGGUUCUAAAAGCCAUUUUAUAGUCCACCAAAUACAUGGCCUCCACGAAUAACUGGUUAGGUUUCUCUCUAUCCCCUCAAGAACUUCCAUCAUCACAGUCUGAUCACCACGAUCACCCUCAAAACACAGACUCUCGCCUUCGUUUCCACUCAGAUGAAAUCUCUGGCACCGAUGUCUCCGGGGAGAGCUUUGAUCUUACUUCUGACUCCACCGCUCCUUCUCUCAACCUCCCUGCCUCUUUUGGUAUACUUGAAGCCUUUAGAAACAAUCAAUCUCAAGAUUGGAAUAAUAUGAAGCGUUCAGGCAUCAAUGAAGACACCAGCUACAAUACCACCUCAGACGUCCCGAUAUUCAUGGGUUCUUCAUGCAAUAGCCAGAACAUUGAUCAAAAUCAAGAACCUAAGCUUGAGAACUUCCUUGGCGGCCAUUCUUUUGGCAAUCAUGAACACAAACUUAAUGUCUGCAGCACCAUGUAUGGUUCCACUGGACACUAUAUGUUCCACAACUGUUCCUUGCAACUCCCAUCUGAGGAUGCAUCAAAUGAAAGAACAAGCAGUAAUGGAGGGGCUGAUACUAGCAUCAACAAUAAUAACACCAAUAGUUCGAUUGGUUUAUCUAUGAUUAAGACUUGGCUAAAGAACCAGCCGGCACCGACACAACAAGACACCAAUAAUAAGAGCAAUGGCGGUGCACAAAGCUUGUCCCUUUCGAUGAGUACUGGGUCACAAUCAGGUUCUGAUUUGCCACUUCUAGCAGUAAAUGGAGGAGGAAAUAGAACUAGAGGAGAGCAGAGUUCUUCUGAUAAUAACAAACAACAAAAGACCACACCGAGUCUUGAUAGCCAAACCGGUGCCAUCGAAGUGGUGCCAAGGAAAUCUAUUGAUACUUUUGGCCAAAGAACUUCUAUAUACCGUGGUGUAACAAGACAUAGAUGGACUGGUAGAUAUGAAGCUCAUCUAUGGGACAAUAGUUGUAGAAGAGAAGGACAAACUCGCAAGGGAAGGCAAGGUGGUUAUGACAAAGAAGAUAAGGCAGCUAGAGCUUAUGAUUUAGCAGCAUUGAAAUACUGGGGCACUACCACCACAACAAAUUUUCCAAUGAGCAACUACGAAAAAGAGAUAGAAGAAAUGAAGCACAUGACUAGGCAGGAGCAUGUUGCGUCUCUUCGAAGGAAAAGUAGUGGGUUUUCUCGGGGGGCUUCCAUUUAUCGAGGUGUAACUAGACAUCAUCAACAUGGAAGAUGGCAAGCAAGGAUUGGCAGAGUUGCAGGGAACAAAGACCUUUACUUGGGAACUUUCAGCACCCAAGAAGAAGCAGCAGAGGCCUAUGACAUUGCAGCCAUAAAAUUCCGUGGACUGAAUGCGGUGACCAACUUCGACAUGAACAGAUAUGAUGUUAACAGCAUAAUGGAGAGCAGCACAUUGCCAAUUGGGGGUGCGGCUAAGCGGUUGAAAGAGGCGGAGCAUGCUGAAAUUACAACGCGUGUGCAAAGAACAGAUGAUCAUGACAGCACGAGUUCACAACUCACCGAUGGGAUUAGCAACUAUGGUACUGCUGCACACCAUGGCUGGCCUACUAUUGCAUUUCAACAAGCUCAGGCUUUUACCAUGCACUAUCCCUAUGGCCAGAGGCUUUGGUGCAAGCAAGAACAGGACUCUGACAAUCAUAGCUUUCAAGAGCUUCAUCAAUUACAAUUGGGAAACACGCAAAAUUUCCUUCAGCCUUCGGUUCUACAUAACGUCAUGAGCAUGGAAUCGUCUUCAAUGGAACACAGCUCUGGCUCUGAUUCUGUUAUGUAUAGCAGUGGAGGCCACGAUGGUACCGGUACUGGAACCAACGGAAGCUAUCAGGGAAUUGGCUAUGGAAGCAAUACUGGGUAUGCCAUCCCAAUGGCUACAGUUAUAGCUAAUGAUGUAAACACCCAAGAUCAAGGAAAUGGUUAUGGAGAUGGAGAGGUGAAGGCUCUUGGCUAUGAAAAUAUGUUUUCCUCGUCGGAUCCUUAUCAUGCUAGAAAUUUGUACUAUCUUUCGCAGCAAUCAUCUGCCGGUGUGAUCAAGGCUAGUGCAUAUGAUCAGGGUUCAACAUGUAACAAUUGGUUGCCAACAGCAGUUCCUACUAUUGCAGCGAGGUCUAACAAUAUGGCUGUUUGCCAUGGAGCUCCAACUUUCACAGUAUGGAACGAGAGUACAUAAUGAUUGUGGGAUUGACCAAUGGAUGAAGAAUAUAUAGGUGGGUAUGGGAAAGUCAAAGCAUGUAUACAUUGACUGAUUUAGUAGUGAUUUUUAUUUUUCAGGAUCCUUUCUUCCUUCUUUAUCCACUAAUUGAAGCAAGGAAGAGUGGCACCUUUUUUUCCCUCCUAACUUCGAAGCCUGCAAAUUUUAUAAUUAAAGGGUCUAACAACCGAAGUUCAGCAAUAGCACGUAAGAGCUCGAAUUCUCACUUGCUAUGAAUUUUGGGGAACUUCAGGUUAGUAUAGAUCCUCGGAUAGAUUUUUAUUUCCUAACACCAGACUUUGUAAUUUUCAAUAACUUAGUUAUUAUACAGAGAAUGGCAUUUUCUUGUGUUCU